AUUUCCACGUUAAGUGCCACACGCCUCGCACGCUCCGACUUACCACACGGCAAGUGACUCUCGACUAAAGCGCCAAUAUGCCUAAGAAUAAAGGAAAGGUAUGUUUAUUCUUCCCUUCUCCCGUUGCUGGCGCCACCGUUCAGCCAGAUAAAGUUCAGCAAAUAAUGUACCUUACUUAACGGGUGGCUAACUGCACCGUGGCGAACAGGGAGGAAAGAACAGGCGUAGAGGAAAGAAUGAAAAUGACAACGAAAAGCGCGAGCUGACCUUUAAAGAAGAUGGUCAAGGUAUGCUUCCAUCGCCUCCAGGUCAAGUGUUGACACUCCGUUGUCAUGGGGAAAAAGAACAAUAAUAAUCAGAGCUCAAACUGAUAUCUCAUAGAAUACGCACAGGUCGUCAAGAUGUUGGGUAACGGUCGUUUAGAGGCCUUGUGCUUUGAUGGCGAGAAGCGUUUAGCCCACAUUCGCGGAAAAAUGCGCAAAAAGGUAUGUAUACAUUUGCCCCCUUUCACCCCAUCUCUUCGUAUCAUGCACCUCAGGCCAUGGCUAAUGUGAUAAACAAAGGUCUGGAUUAACCAAGGAGACAUCAUCCUUCUCUCCCUCCGUGACUACCAGGAUGAGAAGGGCGACGUCAUUCUCAAGUACACCGCCGAUGAAGCCCGCUCUCUCAAAGCCUAUGGCGAGCUCCCAGAGAACGCGAAGAUCAACGAGACAGAUACUUAUGGUCAGUUAUCUAUUACUCCUCACUGCCGUCGCCUCACUCCUAAAUGCAAUAUCGGUAUUGAUAUAUCAAACAGGCCACGAAGGAGCCGACGAGUGCAACUUCGAGUUCGACGUCGAGGCAGGCGAUAUCGAUAUCGAUGCUGUUUAGAAAUAACGAAAGCAACCAUCGGCCAACCAAAAUACAAUUUCUUUUUUCCUUUCCCUUCAUGACGAGACGGUCGAGCCGGAAAAAAAACUGUUCUGAAAUAUCCAGACAGAGGGGAGGAGGGAGCGUGUGUUUCGGUUUUUCUUCUUCCCUUCCGGCGUUUGCUUCUCUUCUUUUCUUUUCUUAAUCUCUUCGCUCUCUCUUCCUUUACCAUGGGGGUGACUCGGGGCGCGGAGAUUUAGGGUGGGAUGGGGAAGUUGAGCUGGGGCUGUUGUUUCUUCUUUCUUUUCAUUUCCGUAUGGCAUGAGUGGUCCGCAUGGCGCCUUCACCCUCCCUUUUCUCCACCCAGCUAUGCUCCCUUCCCCCCUCCCCGCCGCGCAACGCCCUUCUGUGAGCUACGAUACAUGAAAUAG